ACUGUUUUAUAUUUAAUCUAGCAUAUCCAAUUUUACCCCAAAAUUAUCACGUGCUGGUAUAACCAAUGAAAUUCAAAGAGCAUUUACAAAGUGGAGUCGGUAUAGUCAAAUCACUUUUUCAGAAGUAUAUAAUGCUAAUGCAGAUAUCUUGAUUUCAUUUGGUGUUUCCAAUCACGGAGAUCAGUUUCCAUUUGAUGGUCCUGGUAAUGUCCUUGCACAUGCAUUUUAUCCAAUGGAACUAGGAUUUUUAGGCGGAGAUAUACAUUUUGACGAUAGUGAAGACUGGACAUUAGACAACUCUUACAAUGGUGUUGAUUUCUAUUCUGUGGCUAUUCAUGAAAUGGGCCACAGUUUAGGAUUGGGACAUUCGUCAGAACCUAAUUCCAUUAUGAAUCCCUAUUACACAGGUCCACAACCUCAAGAUAUUGGAUAUGACGAUAUAUUAGGAAUGCAUUCAUUGUAUAUUUCUAGAACUUUGCCCGAAGAUCAUGUGCAUUUUUUACCAAGUACUAUUCAACCACAGCUGAGUCCGAGAGUACCUAACAAACCACAUGUACAUUGGUCUUCAUUUAGCCAUGAAACAUGUACAGAUGAUAACAUAGUAACACUAGAGUCAGUGACUACUUAUAAGCCUGAAGUCUCAACUCGUAAAAAUAAUAAUAUAGAUGAAUGCCAAGGUAAUUUCGAUGCUAUUUCAUGUUUCCGUGGAGAAAUUUUCGUGUUUAAAUACAGCCUAUUAUGGAGGUUAAACAAUCCUGGAUCCAUACAACCGCGUUAUCCGGUACAAUUAUUAAGGUUCUUUCAAGUAUUAGCAGAUUCCAGCCAGGCUAUUGUCAAAAUUGAUGCAGCAUACGAAAGGCCGGACUCUAAUAUUGUUUUGUUUCAUGGUAAUAGUUAUUAUGUAUUCAAUGGAAAUCAUUUAAUAGAAAAUAGUCCAAGACCUAUUAUGGAUUAUGGAUUUCCACAUUUUGUUGAUAGAGUUGAUGCAGUUAUGAUGUAUGGAGUACCACCAAUAACUUAUCUUUUUAGUGGGGAAUACUUUUGGAUGUAUGAUGAUCAACAUAAAUUGUUAUUACAAAGGCAUAGAUCAAUUAAAGAACAUUUCAAAGGUGUAAGAACUCCAAUAGACGAUGUUCUCACGUGGAAAUCUGGAGAUACAUAUUUCUUUACUGGAAAUCAGUAUUGGAAGUUUGAUCAUAAUCAUAAUAAAACAGAAGAUGGAUAUCCAAAAAAUGCUGCAGAAUUUUUACUUGGAUGUAAUUCUUAAUGUAUAGUUUUAUUAUAAACAUUAUACAUUUGUAACUUAUUAAUAAGCAUAUAUAAAUAAAUUGUACAGAUUUACAUAAAGGACAAGUGUUUAAAAAAUAAGAAAACUACCAAUGUAUAUACUUUAAUUUAAUAACUAUUUACAAUAUAUAUUUACAUUAUGAGGUAUGUACAUACAUAUAUUAUAUGUAAAUAAUUUAACUAGAUCGUAAUACCUAUAUUAUAUUAUGUAUAGUGGUUUGAACUUAAUGUAUAUCUAUUAAUAAUAAUAAAUAAUAAUUAUUACGCCGUAUUUAAAAUUAGGCCGUCAACUUUUUUAUGGCCGGUUAAAAUCCUAAAACCGAGUUUGCUGAUACCUUGCCUUUCCAGCGUUGGCACUAACAUUUAUUUUGAUAUGUAAUUAAAAUUACCAAAAAAUGCUUUAAAAUUUUAAGAGAAAAUACAUUAUAUUUAUGAAAACAAACAUUAGUAUUAUAAUAGUUGAAAAUGCUGAAAUUUCUAUGUUGCUGUUUUAUAAAAUAUAAAGAAAUAUGCUGUCAAA